AAUGCAUUGAUUUUACAAAAAAGUAAAGUGAAGACAACUUUGAAUUUAUUUUGUGUAAUUCAGUUUAAUCGCCUAAAUAAAUGUGUUUUGUAUGAAUAAUUUUAAUUCGAUUCGCGUAUGCAGUUGUAACCACGGGACCGUGGUAAGAUUAACAUGGAAUCUGCUGGAGAUUGGUGCUUAAUUGAAAGCGACCCUGGUGUUUUCACACAGUUAAUAAAAAAGUUUGGAGCCAAAGGUGUACAAGUAGAAGAGUUGUGGACUAUUGAAGAUUCAAUUUUCGAGAAUUUAAGACCUGUACAUGGACUUAUAUUUUUGUUUAAAUACUUACAACAUGAAGAACCAUCUGGACCUGUUGUGACUGAUGACCGGCUAGAAAAGAUUUAUUUUGCUAAACAAGUGAUCAACAAUGCUUGUGCCACUCAAGCAAUAAUAAGUUUACUAUUGAACUGCAAUCAUCCAGAUGUAGAUCUUGGACCAGAACUAUCUAAACUGAAAGAGUUCAGUAUGUCCUUUGAUCCUAAAAUGCGUGGACUUACCCUUAGCAACUCACAGACGAUACGUAGUGCUCAUAAUUCUAUGGCGCAACAGACUCUUUUUGAAUUCGACCCAAAAAUGGCAACCAAGGAUGAUGACGCUUACCAUUUCAUAGCUUACAUGCCCAUUGAAGGAAAACUAUAUGAGCUAGAUGGACUUCGUGAAGGUCCCAUUGAUCACGGGGCCAUCGCCCCUGAACAGGAUUGGCUGGACGUAGUCAGGCCAAUCAUUUUGAAAAGAAUCAAUGUGUACACAGAGGGUGAAAUCCAUUUCAACUUGAUGGCACUCGUGUCAGACCGAAAAAUGAUAUACGAGCGCCAGCUAGAAGAGCAUCUCAAGGAAGUGCAGAUGCUUGGUAUGGAAACAGAUAUCACUGAGAACGAAAUACCAAAACUUAGAAUGUUCAUUGAGUAUGAAGAUGCCAAGAUGGCUAGAUAUCAACUAGAAAUGGUUCGUAGAAGACACAACUAUCUGCCAUUCAUCAUUACGCUUUUGAAAAUCUUAGCUGAGGAAAAGAAAUUGCUGCCUCUCUUCGAAAAGGCUAAGGAACGCGCUGCGAAGAAGGGGCCGAAGAAAAUGAAAGUAUAACACGAGCAUUAUGGAGGCCUUAAGGUGGACAAAGCGCGUGGGCGGCGUAUAUCACAGUCGAGCCCAUCGCGUGUGCUACCUGCUUCCGAAGAUAUGCAAUACUCGU